AUGCCCAAAAGACGAUGUAGUUUUAAUCCAAAAUUAAAAACGCAGUUUCCUAAUUUAAGAGAUGCUGAUGAAAUAGGGAAAGUUCUGUGUACCGAGUGUAAAUCUGUAUUCUCAAUAGAACAUGGUGGGAUAUCAGAUAUCAAACAGCACUUACAAAAACGCAAACAUGUAUUGGCCGUGUCUAGUUCUACCAGUGCUAAUAAAUUAGCGUCAUAUUUUAUCAAUAAAGGAAAAUCUGGGCUAUCAGAUGAGAGCAAACGUAUUGCGGCAGAAUAA